AUUUCAGUUCCCACUAGUCGUUGCAUGUGCCAUCUCUACCUUCUUGUCCCACUUACCCACUAUUCUGCUUUCAACUCUGUCUCUUUCUCUCUCUCUCAUUCUUUCUUUCUUAACCAAAUCCAUGACUUAAAAAUGCAGAGCAACCACAUCAUAAGUCUUCAUACCUUCGGAUUCUUCAAUCUCUUCUACACAUCAUGAACGGUCCAGUCCCCUCCAGCCGCUCCUGGUCGGUGAGCGAGGAGUCGCUGAGAAGGUACGUGAGGUUCGCGAGUGAGAGCUGCAUCCAAGAGCUCUUAUCUUCCUCUGAGGCCGGACGCUUUGGGAACGCUUCCAAUGGGUGGAAGAUGGUGAGGCAUGACUCGAACGGUGUCGAGAUUUCAAAACGCGACUCGGGAUCGCUACACGCGUUUCGAAGCCGCAGGAUCCUCACAUCAGUCUCCCCAGAGCAGUUCAUCACGGUUGCAAAUGCGAUAGACGCGGCCAAGCAAUGGGAAGGCGACCUGGUGGAGGCAACACACAUUAGAGACAUAGAUGAAAAUCUGAGCGUAAUCCGUUUAAGGUUUGGCGAAAACUCGAAACCGCUCUUUAGGAACAGAGAGUUCAUUAUCUACGAAAGACGUGAGACCAUGCAAGACGGUACUCUCGUGGUGGCGGUUGCGUCGCUACCAAAGGAGAUGGCAGAAGGAUUGGAGCCAACAGAGAAAAAGAAAAACAAUUAUAUUAGAGGGUUUUUGGUUGAGUCGGGUUGGGUUUUGGAGAAGCUUGAAGAUACCUCUUGCAUGAUUACUUAUGUUGUUCAGUUGGAUCCUGCAGGAUGGUUGCCAAAGUGUUUUGUGAACAGACUAAACACAAAGUUAGUAAUGAUAAUUGAUAACCUUAGAAAGGUUGCUCAAGCUUAUCUACCCUCUUUUCCUCCUCCUUAGCUCUCUCUUUCUUUGUCUCCUUCUUUUUGUUUGUAAACAUAUUUUUCCAAAAGAGUGAAGUGAUCGUAAUUAAGAGGCAAUUACUCCUCCCUCUUUUCUACUCUCUAAAUAAAGUAAUAAACCUUAAUCUAUUAGAAGGGGCAAUAUAUCAUGUAAAAACAUUGGAUUUAUCAUUCUAGGCUUCUAGCUACUGCAUUUAUAUGUUUGUUUUAUAUGUUGUAUCUCUCACUAUUUUUUCCCUCCUCAAAUGGGAAGUUUUCUG